AUGUUCGUUGCAGGUAGAGUCGAGAGCGCGUUUUUCUCGCGAAAAACAACAAGGGUUUUGUCUAGAUAUAAGACUUCGAAAAGUAGAAUUUCCAGGUGUAAAAUGAGCUUUAACGGGGGGUUUCUCGGAAAGAACGCCGUGUUCGCACAGACGAUGCUUCGAAUCAAGGACCCCUCAAAGUCGCGGCAGUUUUACGAGGCGCUGGGUAUGAACUUUCUGACGCGCUUCGACUUUCCGGAACUGUCAUUCUCCCUCUAUUUCUUCGCACUGGAGAAGGAUCCAACAGUGCCGGCGGAAGAUGCUCCACAACCAGAGCGGGCAAAGUGGCUUUUCUCGCGUCAGUACCCGACUCUUGAGCUUACACAUAACUGGGGAACUGAGAAGGAUCCGAAUUUCAAGUACGCAAACGGGAAUACGGAGCCGGGUAAGGGCUACGGUCACAUCGGCUUUCUCGUGGAUGAUCUCUACGCGAGCUGUGCCGCCGUAGAGAAAGCGGGUUAUGUCGUGUCGCGGAAACCGGGACCCUUCCAGAACGUGGGCGAAAUUGCUUUCGUACGGGACCCGGACGACUACUGGAUUGAGUUAAUCCAAAAACCCAAGUCUUGA